CGAUCGGAUCCACAGCUCUCACAUUCUUCCCUAAAAUUUCUCCAUUGCGUUGUACCUAAUAAAUUUUUCGGUUUUUCCUUCGGUGGUCAAGCCUGGUUUUUAUUGUUUCCCGGGGUCAAACAAUUUCAUUAAUAUUUUGCUUCCACUCGCCUCACCGUUUCCCCUUUCCUCUUCGAGCCGGCGAGAUCGUCCCGCCGUGGCGGCGCAGCUAAGAAGAAGAAGAAGGAAGUGAUCUCCCUUUUCGUCCCCGGAACGAGAGAAAUCGCAACUGAUAUGAGAGAGAAUUCGAUAGCCCACAUGCCGCUACUUCGAUCCCUGUGAAAACCUAAUUCUCUGAUAACCAUGGCAUCGCCGUCGUCCUCCAUGAACCCACCGUCUCCCGCGCUCAAGACUUACUUCAAGUCUCCCGAGGGCAGAUACAAGCUUCAGUACGAGAAAACUCACCCUGCUGGCCUUCUUCAUUACUCUCACGGAAAAUCGGUGUCUCAGUUGAUCAUCGCAUAUCUCAAGGAGAAGUCAGCUUCCCAGGGGCCAAGCGCGCCUUCGACACCGAGCUCCAGCAGCGUGGUGAAAUCGGCAGCGGCACGGCUUUUUGUUGGUGUUAAUGGCAGCAAGACAUUCUCUUAUGGUGGCACAAACGGUGGGAGCAAGGUAGCAUCUGGCACUAGCAAGUUCGGAGGGACUUUCGGAGCAGGAUCGAGCAGUUCUCCUGUAGCUUCCAAUUAUGAUGGCAAAGGGGCUUACUUAAUCUUUAAUGCUGGUGACACGUUAUUCAUCAGUGAUCUCAAUUCUUCAGACAAGGAUCCGAUCAAGGCCAUUCAUUUUAGCAGCUCGAACCCUCUGUGCCAUUCAUUUGAUUCUGAAGCGAAGGAUGGGCAUGACUUGCUUAUUGGGCUUCAGUCUGGAGACAUCUACACAGUGUCGUUAAGGCAACAACUACAGGAUCUUGGUAAGAAGCUCGUGGGAGCUCAACAUUACAAUAAAGAUGGCACAAUCAAUAGCAGUCGAUGCACUUGCGUUGCUUGGGUACCAGAUGGCGAUGGCAUUUUUGUUGUUGCUCAUGCUGAUGGAAACCUUUAUGUCUAUGAGAAAAGCAAGGACGGGGCUGUUGACCCAUCCUUUCCUGCUAUCAAAGAUCCAACUCAAUUUACUGUUGCUCAUGCACGGUCCAGUAGGAGCAAUCCAACUAUCAGAUGGCAUAUUUGCCAGGGUUCAAUUAAUAGUAUGUCAUUCUCAAUAGAUGGCACAUAUUUAGCGACUGUUGGUAGAGAUGGUUAUUUAAGAGUAUUUGACUACUACAAAGAGAGAUUAUUUUGUGGUGGAAAAAGUUAUUAUGGUGCGUUGCUUUGCUGUGCCUGGAGCCCUGAUGGGAAAUACAUAUUAAUUGGUGGUGAAGAUGAUCUCGUACAAGUCUGGAGCAUGGAUGCUCGAAAAAUAGUUGCUUGUGGGGAGGGACAUAAUUCAUGGGUGAGCGGUGUUGCUUUUGAUUCUUAUUGGUCGGCUCCAAAUUCUGAUGGGAAUUCUGAUGGAACAGCAGAAAAUGCUAUGUACCGUUUUGGAUCUGUUGGUCAGGAUACUCGUCUACUUCUAUGGGACCUCGAAAUGGACGAAAUCGUUGUGCCACAACGAUAUAAUCCUCUUGGCGGCUCGCCCACCCUUAGCAGUGGAAGCCAUUCUUCUGCUCACUGGGAUUCCGCACCUUCUAUAGGCACCCUUCAGCCACCGCCGAGCAUGCGGGAUGUGCCGAAGCUCUCCCCUCUCUCCGCCCACCGUGUACAUGUGGAGCCUUUGUCUGGUCUAAUAUUUACCAGAGAAUCAGUUGUUACUAUUUGCCGUGAAGGCCACAUCAAAAUCUGGGCGAGGCCUGGGGAUGGCGAUGUAAGCGAAGCAAACUCUGAUAGUGGCUUCACAACGGCUACUGCCAAAGAUAGGCAUGUUGCAGCCCCUUCCGUGAAGGUAAAUGGUUCCAGUUAUAAGCUAUCGGCAUCGAAUUUUAUAAGGAAUUAGAGAGUUGUUGGCUGGAUUUUCUGGUUGAAUGUUGUAGGCAAAGCAGCCUGAGCAGCUCUUUUAUUAUUAUUAUUAUUAUUGUUAUUAUUUUGGAAAGGCUUCUCUUGAUUAUGUCAGUGUGGCCAUUUGUGUGGCUAUAGAGAAUAAGCCAUAUGCUUCUGUAUAGAUACAAUCAUUUUAUACGUCUUCUCGCUGAAAUGUAUAGGAGCCGAGCAUUUUUAGUGCUUUAUGAUAUGAUUAGAAGCCAAAAUGGACGCUUGUUUUGAUAUUUGUUGUGUACAUUUUUGCUGUUGGGAGGAAA